UUGCACUUCGCGUGUGCGGAUCGGUCGAUUUUCAGGAAAUCCCCUUCGGUUUUGGCUUCCGUUAUCUUUUUCGUCGCCGUUUUCGCUCCGGGUUUUCAACAUUCGCCUGCCUUAAUGGAUUAUUAUUGUCAAUAUUCUGCCUUUUGUGUGUGCGUUUUAUCGCUCCUGAUCAGCUCAAAUGCCUUGCCAAAUGGAAAAGUUAAUAAGAGUGUUUCCAGUCAUGCUAAGGUGCAGUCGAACCACACCAACCAAUCGGGCCAUCGAGUUGUGCAAAAAAAUACUUCAUCUAAACCCCAGGUGAAUCUCGACUACUUCCUUGCUAAUGACGGGCUGGACCCGAACUACCCUCUUAGUGAAAUUCAGCGAUUCUUCCAGAAGCACCCGGAGCAUAAGCUGUUUUUUAAGCCCAGCCUGCCCCAGAUAGGAAAUCGCGGAGGUUGGACGAACGAAGACAGCGAAAAUCUCUGCAAGGUACGCAGAAACCCGGCUUAUGCUCCGCAAGUGUUGGCCAACAUUCAGGGAGCGAAAAAGACGAUUAUUAACCAGGAUGAUCUGAAACAGCAUAUUCCAACCGAGCGGUGCAUCAACAGCAAUCAGAGCGAUUAUCGGUGUUCGAACAUCAGGCUUGGGUAUCGAAGCAUUUGCAAGCAGAACUUUAUGAGUGUUAAGCUGGCCACCUUCAACUCGACGGUGGGAAUUGCCUACGAUACAUUCAAAGUGCCAUCAUGCUGUUCAUGUGUGUUGGUGGAAGCACCGUAAAAUCGCCGGGAAAUUGCCGAUUUUUCACCAAAACUGUGUUCCUAAUUCAACGUUGGGUCUCGUCCUUUUUGCCCCAGAAUAUCCACGAUUCUAAGCACUAUUUAUUUCGCUUUGUAUUUAUCCAGCUUAUAAUCAUUAAGCACAUUUAUUAAUGAACUGUGCCGUACAUGUACAAAACUCGUCAAAAUAAAUGUUUGAAUUCA